UUUCACAUUCAGUUCCACGCAAAUGUAUAUCGCGGUAGGACCUGUGUGUGUCCACACCCAUAUGGGCAUUUAUAUUCAAGAUAAAGACACUUCUCGGAUUGUAACAUAGCAGUGGGAAUUUGUUGCGAUUGUCAAUACAGAUUGUUAUCCCCGUGAACUGUAUGUGCAUGGAAAAUAUUUUCUUUAAACAAUUCAGUGUUAACAAGUACUUAGUGUUUGUUGUUCACUGCCAAAAUAAUUAGAAGGAAGCUAUAAUUGUGAGUGUUCAAGAUGUCGACUGGGAAGCGUUUAGCAAAGAGGUCUAUCCUCGGGACCCGCGUGGCUUGCUGUUUGGAGGAUGGAAAAUAUUAUGCUGGCGUUAUUUGCGCCGUGAAAGCAGUUGACGAUGGUGGACCUACCGUUUAUUCUGUUCGUGUGGAGGGCGACAGACGGUCAAGAGAGGUGCGUGAGACUGACUUGGUGGGGAGUGGCUUCACUCCAGUAGGAUCUGUCAAACUGCGUGCUGGUCAGCGUGUAUUCAUAACGCACAAUAAUCGUGAAGUUUGUGGUAACGUUCUCUACCACCGCCCCAACAUUGACGAAGUUCUCAUCUCUGUCGUCAACCCAGAGACUGGCGUGAGGCAAGACGUUAAGAAGAGGAUUGAGGAGAUUCGCCUGCUGGAGUCGAGAAAGUCUGCUCGCCUCGCCGAUCAGGACACAGACUUCGCCAAGCUCGCCGAUAUGUCAACUGACCGCAAGGAACGCAAGUCCUCCCAGACUAUUGACGUGCCCGCCCCCUCUGGUGUACAAGGGUCCCGCAAGCGGCGUAGCUCACGCUCAGAGGAGGACCAGAUGGAUGAGUGUGCCGCAGCUAUGGUCCUCAUGAAGCUAUCAUGCUCGCCACGCUCCCCGGUUAUGCCUGAUGGUAUGGUCGGGGAAUCCAUGUCACCGGGGUCUUCCGUGUCGUCCGGGGUGUGGUCGUGGGUGGAUGGGCCGUCACCUUCCUCGUCCUCGUCGUCGUCCUCGUCACGUUCACCCACCCACCGCUCAGUCACCCCCUCACCCCCCCUGUCAGAGUCAUAUCCCCUUAACUCACCCAACCUGGAUGACGGACUUGAUCUGGAUGACUCCCUCUUCGAUGACGCCGUCCCCAGGAAACGACGGAGUUCAACCCGCACCAUGUUCAAAUGCACCUGGAAUGGCUGCCAGGAGAUGACCUCUGCCUGCGAUGCCAUUGAGAGACACAUACGCUCCACACAUCUUGGGCGUGAGGAAGUGAACAGUGACCACAGCGACAGUGAUAGUGAUGAUGAAGAUGAUCACGAGGAGGAAUUCUACUGGACCGAAGUGGAGGUUAACGUGGCCACCUGGGUUGACCCCUGUGAACCUCUGGUUACCUCCUCUGUACCAGCUGCUGUCAUGCCUCCUGCCCCUCCCACCACCCUCAAGCUCAUCACCUCGCCACCCACACCCACACCUAAUACAUUACAGGCAGUGGGAGUAGCAUUCCCAGCUGUGCCAGUGCAACAGUCCCAACCUCAGUACAUCCAUGUGUCUUCACCACCAACACUCAGCCACAUGGAUAUGGCUCGACCACCACAUGAAGAUCCCAGAUACAGGCAGCAGUUGGGAGGACCUCCUGCAACCCUCUCCAGUUCAUGGCCUCGCAGCUCUACGUAUCUGGGAUCUGGACGUGGUAAAAUAAGAGUAAGUUCUUCCCCUAAAGCUUCACCCGGCAGAGGAAAAAGGAAUGGAGAAAGUCGUAAGUGCCGUAAAGUAUAUGGCAUGGAGCAGCGUGACCUUUGGUGCACACAGUGCAAAUGGAAAAAGGCCUGCAGUCGCUUUGGAGAGUGAAGGAUCUCACAGUCUUGGGCCUGAUGGGUGUGCUGGGCUGUGCAGCUUAAAAAGAAAAUGACAUUUUGAUGUACUUGUUUAUGGAUUGAUUAUACUUCAGUGAGGGUAUCACAAGGAUUGUUGAGGGACAAAAUGAGUGGUAAAAACCUCAGAACACUUUAAAAGUGAGUGGAAAUAAUGAAUCUCGAGUACCACUGUACUUCAAGUGCUGCUGUAACUUUUUAUCAAGUGUGUACUGUGCAACAAAACUCAAAUAUUGAGUUUACAGAUGGUGGUCCUCCAAGCUUCAUCCCAGUACAGUACUCUGAAUAUAAUAGGCAGUGGUAGAUCACCACAAAUCAUCUCCUAUUAUCAGAGAAUGCAUUUUCUUGUAGAGCUGUGAAUACAAACUACAGAACCAUGGACUAAGACCCCCAGGAGCUCAGAUCCAUAUACAUCACUGCCACAUAGUUGACUGUGAGCUUCUGAAACUGGAAAAGUUUUGUGUGAUGGCAGUUUGUUUGUGUAUGAACUCUGCUGUGAUACAGAAUAAGUGGAAUCACACAGUGAUUCACUCCAACCACACUUUAAUGUCUGGUGAAUAUUGACACCUGUUUAGAGGUAAAGAGAAUACUGUAUGUGGAAAUAAAGAAAAGGCCGUUGACCAUGAAAGUGGUUGUAACAUUUUAGUUAUAGAAAGGCUUCCAAAUCUCCAGCACUUAUUAUUUGAAUACCAGAUGAAAAUUGCAACAAUUACUUUAUGUAAUUGAUGCAACAGAAAGUAUGACAUGUUAUAAUAGCUUACAUACAUUGUAUUGUAAAAUUAAGGCAAGGGUCUUUCCGUGUAUGUCAUUGUAUUUUAGCCAGAGUGAAGUGUGGAUGAGGCAAGCUAUAGGUGAUGAGCGGAUAUGAACGUUAAGAAUUAUUUGUAUCUAAAAUACUUUUGUACAGUUUUCAUGUUAAACUAAAUAGAUUCCAUUCAAGCAAUACUUCAUGUUCAAGACUGCAGAAAGAAUCACCCAUACUUCCAAGUCCUGUUAAUAUUACUUUUAUGUUUUAUUUUCAGGUGUAAAGUGUCUGAUAAGCAUGAAAUGCAAGCACUUGAAAUGUACAAACAAAAGUCAUGAUAAUCUUACGAUGCUCACAUGUCUGUGCAACUAUAAGUACUGUAUAGACUGGUUAAAGGCAGGAGAGUGCUCAAGAGUUAUUAAAAAAAAAAUUAAGUUGAUAUUAACUGUUCCUCCAUAACACGUAAUCAGAGUGAUGUACUGCUACUAGUCUGCCUUAAUAAACAACAGUCAUAUACACCUUCACUGAACUAUGGAAGUACUGUACUCACAUGGGUUCAGUUUAGUGUGGAACUUCUAUGCAUACUGUAUAUUAAAGUUGUCAGUGGGGAAACUAUGGCCACAUAUUAAAAUUGAUACCCAGUACCUGUGAUGCUUAGGUCAGUUCUUAGACAAAGGCAUGAGGCCUGUGUAUCUGGAGCUUCAUCAGUAUGCUAAAGUGAGUGGGCUAGUGGUACUACUGUACUACAUGUAUCAGGUCUCUGUCAUCUUAAUCUUUUAACCAUGCAUUCUGGCCCUGCUAGACAAUAUAACUAAUUAAUGAUAAACCAAUUCUCUGGUUUAUAUAUAUAUAUAUAUGUAUAUAUAUAUAUAUAUAUAUAUAUAUAUAUAUAUAUAUAUAUAUAUAUAUAUAUAUAUAUAUAUAUAUAUAUAUAUAUAUAUAUAUAUAUAUAUAUAUAUAUAUAUAUAUAUAUAUAUAUGAACAAGACUCAAACAUUUGGUUUUGAGUUGAAUUUUUUUUUUUUAUGUUUUGAGCCGAAUCACUCAGAGGAAAAGAUGAGUUAACUGCCAAAAUCGUAAUGCAUAUGUACUUAUUCAAAGCUUUCUGUUUUUAUUAUUGUCAGAUAAUGAUGUCAUUUUAAUGAAAACAAAUUCUUUGGAGUGUUUUUAAGGAGCACUCUCUGGUCUCCUCACAGUUGUGUAGCAUUUUUUCUUGCAGCAGUGAAUCAAUUUCAAAUGUUCUUUGUAGACUUAAAUAGACCCAGGAAACUAUAAGGAUUGUUUUUAAGCUUAGUAAGAGAAAGAAUAGAUAUGAUAAACCUAUGGCAACAUAUCAGUCAGGUGAUGAAGAGCAAUGAUAAAAAAAAGACAAUUAUCUUUAACUGGACUCAAAGGAAAUCUUAUUCUUGGUAUGAAAAAAAUCAGCUCCAACAUCCCAUUACCACAACCCAGCAUCCUAAACCUCUUUACACAGAAAGUAAUGAAGUAAUAUUUCAGAUAACAGUACAGUUAUAGUACUGGUAAUGGAAUUGGAUUUUUCUGAUCAUAUAUUUUAUAUUACUUUAUAUUAGUAAAGCUAUAAUUUUCCAAACAUGUAAAGAUUGAAUAAUAAUUUAGAUGGGUUCAGGAGAUUCAUUGUAGAAAACGUAUAUGUGAGUAAUGUUAGUCUUAAUGAUUGUAACUACAUUAUGGAUUAUCAGAAAAUACAGUAAGGUUUUAAAUUAUGAAGUACCUGUAUGACAAUUAUUUCCUAUGUCAGGGAUUUGAAGUAAUGAGGGGUGUGGUAGGUGGUGUUAAGAGCUGACCAUAUGAAGAAUGAAAGGUUUGGAAACCUUAGAUAAAAAAAAUUAUAAGAUUUCUUCUCAUAUUCUUGAAUAUUAUAACUUGCCAUAUUUGGUGUUUUUAAUUUAUGUAUGGCAUUAUUUUUAUACUUUUUUUUCCAUAAUCUUUAUCCAUGACAUAGUUAAUAAAUGGAUAGCUUGGGACCAUGCCAUUGGGGAAAAUCUCUAGUAGGUCUUGCCGAGAGACAGUAGAGAUAUAAAGGAAGAGGCUGUACAGGUGUGUGUAUAAGACUUAACAAGCCCACUGACGACACUGUUGAUAACUUUUUUAAAUGUCCCGAGAAAGAAGAGUGAAAAACUUUGUGAAGAAUUCAUCAGCAUUCUACUGUGUUUUAGUUUGCUUAUUUUAGGAGUAACAAUUGCAGUACGGUACUGUACAUUGGAUAUGAUCUUUGUUAUUUUAAACCAAAUUAAUCAGUAACCAAAGAAAAUGUUGGUUAAAGUGAAAACGUUGUAUGAAUAUUAGGUACAAAGACUUUAAUUUCAUCAAGAAAUAACAUAAUGUAGCUGGUUGAGAUUUGAUCAUGUAUAACAUAUUUCUUCAUGUUACUCCUCUUCUUUUUACUGCCGGUACAUGUAACUGGGAACAAGACAGCAUAAUCUUAAUAUUUGAUAACCGAGAUGCUUAAAACAUUUAUGAAUACAGUAAUUGUUGGCAGUGACAUAUAGAAGGUGUAGAUCAAGUGUUGGGCUACUAUUAUUAGGGCGGGGAAGCUUGAAUGGUAUGCAGUUUGCAAUGUUCAGUUCAAUAUCCCCAAGUUUGAUCUCAUGAAUAAGAAGCAGCUGCUCAUAUAUAAUUAGACUGGUAAACAUGACUAUGGCUUUUCACUGAUCACCUGAGCCAAGAUGUCAAAAAUAGCAGCUGCAUUUUUCAAUUUUUAUCAGGAAUAUAAGGCACUGAUCUUCCAAGAGCAAGCAGUAUCCCUGACAUUAUGUUAGUGGGCAUGACCUGUACUGUCUACCAUUGAAGAUGCACUUGGCUCAAACCGUCCACUGGUGACUGACUGUGGUUCACAAUUUGUACCGGUGAACAUGGCCAGGAAUGUCCACUGGUGAAAAUGGCCUGAACCUCUGCUUGUGAAUGUGGAACAGACCUCCACUGGUGAACAUGGCCAAAACUGUCCAUUUGUGAACAUGGUCAAAUCUGUCGACUGGUGAACAUGGCUGAAACUGUCCACUGGUGAACAUGGCUGAAAACUGUCCACUGGUGAAUACUGUAUAGCCUAGAUUACUCACUUCUGGAUGUGGCCAAAACCAUCUGCCAGUGAAUGUGGCUGGACCGUCCACUAGUGACCACGGCCUCACUUUAUAAAGAACACUGCCAUUUUUUCUUCACGGCAUUACCAAUUGAGAGUUGUGUUGUGAUUAUUUUUUUAUCAUGUUUUUCAUUGUUCCCUUUUUUCUUUUAAGUUGCAUAUCAUUACCUUAGAAAUAUGAGAAAGUACAUAAGUGAAUAUUGAGAGGCUAUAAAAUGCUCAUUCUGUUCAGGUAGUUGGACUAAACGGGUUAACAGAAACCCCAUGUGAUCAGUCUUUCAAUACACAUGUUUAAUAUGCAUUAUAGUCUGCUUAGUUGAUUGCCCAUUCAUAUUAAACAUUAUUUCAUAUACUGUAUAGAAAUAGUACUCACCAUUGUUUUAGGAUAUAUAAAAUACUGGGUAUAUGCAGUUGUUUUUUUACAUAUAUAUGGAUGUAAAGUUGCACAUAAUGUAAACUAAUACUGUAUUUUAAUGUCCUAGGAUGAUGUUUACAAAACUUUCAGUAACGGGCGAGAUCAUGUCCACUACCAAAUGAGUGCUUUAAAUAGAUUUUAUAAACAAGUGAUCUCUAAAUACUUUUAGAGUUAGAUAUUGUAUCAUUUAUGGAGAAUAUAGAGAAUUUAUUAAUAUAUUUCACCAAAAAAAUACAGAAAGGCUCUCUUCACUUCUGGUGCUAAUGUUGCCAUACAGUCAAAAAAAAAAGACGAAUGAUUAGAAAAAAUAAUAAUAUCCCGCCCCAUUUAUAUGUACGAACUGUUCAGUAUCUCUGUUUAAAAGAACAUUUGAUUAAUUAAUGUUCAUCAAUAUCAAAAUGUGAAACAAAAUGGCCUUGGAUUGCACAAAUGUUUAUUAAAAAGAAAUCUCUCGUAUAUUUGGUAUUAGACUGUAAUGUUGGUUGAUUAAGGAUUUUUUUUCCUCCCAGUUUUGUAAAUAAGACAUGGGCACACGUAUCUUGUGAAGAGUUUGCCAACCCUAGUCUAAGAAUCAGAAUAAUUUUUAUUAGAUACAGCACUGUAAUUGUAAUUCAUAGAAAUAAACCAAGAAUAUCACGUAAAAGAAGAUAUUGUAAUAUUUUUUCUGAACAUUGGACAUAUAAUGUUAGUUGAUGCUUAGUAGGUAUGUAGUGAAAACUCUACCUCACCUACAAUAGUCCUGUAUUCUUGAUGGCAAAAUGGACUGAAGAUUAGGGUGGUGGCACUGUGUAUAUUUCAAGGACUACCUGUCUUUCAUUUGUAUUAAACACAAUUGUUUCUACAACACAUCAUCACAUAAUUGCCUAUGCAAUAGAAAAGGACACCUUCCGGGGCAUCUCACAUAUACAAAUAAUGAACAUUUUUUAUGCCAUUUGCCAAGAAGUUAACCAAGGACCUCAUUACCAAGAAAGUGUAAUUUGAUAUUUUAUGCCAUAGUACAAAGUAUUUUAUGACGUCUUAGUUUUUACAAAGCUUUUGCUAAUUGCCACAUAAUUUUUGUGUCUUAGAGUUGUAAGACUUAAAAAAAGAGUUUUAUUGAUGUAUUAUCCAUUUUCAUCUCUGUAUUGUAAGUGAUGUAUAUAUUCUAUGCUUAAUGGUGUCGGCUGUUCUACUGGUGUACAUAGACCCCCUCCCAGGCUUCUGUUAUACCCUAUGGAUUGAAAGAUAUAUGAUCUAUUUAGUAUAUAUUAAAGGAUUUUUAUGUUACUUGAUUUCCUAAGAAUUUAUGAAUAUUAUUUUUAUUAAUAUAUUUUACGAUUAUUAUGAACCGAGUGUUUCUUAUUACCUGAAAGAGAUUUAAGGUAGACAAAGUGAAAUCCAUGGGGUUACUCUUAUAGUUUUUCCGUGAUUCAUAGAUAUAGAUAUUUGAACAUGUUGAGCAAGGAUGGCAUGGGUUAAUAUUUUGAAGUUGUGCUUCAUGUGUGGAAAGUUUUAAAAAUUAUAUGCAAAACUUAUAUAUGCAAAUUUUUAAUAAUAAAUUAUAACCUGUACUAAGUAGUUUCCGUUUACUGUAUUUCACAUUAAAAAUGGUUUAGAAAGGGAUAGUGCCUGUGCAAUCCAAAUCCAGAUGAGUUCUUCAAAAGAACAAGGGACAUGUGAACAUGUUCAACAUGUUCAAACUUUUGUACAGACAUGAUAGAUUCAGUGUGUUUUUAAUUGCUAUUUUAUAAGAGUAACAUCUUCUAUUCCUAUCUCCAGACAUUGCUGUAACUGUCUGUAUGGUUUAUCGUAAUAAAAACAAUUGUGCAUGAAA